UUGUCCUCCUAGCCCCGCCUGCCACAGGUUUCCAAUUGAUUCUGCUCAACGAAACUCGGGUUAGGGCCGAGGCCCAGAAGUCCUGAGCUGGUGGGGAACGUCUACGCUGCGCGCACGUUCGCUAGCGGGCCCCGGGAAAGCACAGCUGCCAGGCCUAGGAGGAAGGCAGUGCCUGUGGUAUGUGCAGAGAGCAAGGAGAACCCCAUGCGACUUGAAUAAUGAUCGUAAAGGAGGGUCAGUGGUCAGAUGAUGAAGGACUCCCGCUACAGUGUUAAAGUAACUGGUUCUCCACUGCCUACGGGGUCCAGUUUAUUGAAGGGUUUGAAACAGAUACUUUUGUCAUAUGAAAUUGAACAUGGCAGAAGAAGAGGACUAUAUGUCUGAUUCCUUCAUUAAUGUCCAAGAAGAUAUCAGACCAGGAUUGCCAAUGUUGAGGCAAAUUCGAGAAGCCCGCCGAAAAGAAGAAAAGCAGCAGGAAGCUAAUUUGAAAAAUAGGCAGAAGAGUUUAAAGGAAGAAGAACAAGAAAGACGUGACAUUGGGUUGAAGAACGCACUAGGCUGUGAAAACAAAGGGUUUGCUCUGCUCCAGAAGAUGGGCUAUAAAAGUGGCCAGGCCCUUGGCAAGAGUGGAGAUGGUAUUGUUGAACCAAUUCCCCUCAAUGUCAAAACAGGGAAAAGUGGCAUUGGUCAUGAGGCAUUAUUAAAGCGGAAAGCAGAGGAAAAAUUAGAAAGCUACAGAAGGAAGGUUCACAUGAAAAACCAAACUGAAGAAAGAGCUGCAGAACAGUUUCGAAUGCGACUUAAAAAUAAGCAAGAUGAAAUGAAACUAGAAGGCGACCUUAGAAGAAGCCAGCGAGCCUGUCAACAACUGGAUACUCAGAAGAAUAUUCAGGUUCCCAGGGAGGCCUGGUACUGGUUGAGUCCUGAAGAAGAGACAGAAGAAGAAGAAGAGGAAGAGGAAGAGGAAGAAAAAGAACAAGAUGAAGAUGAAUAUAAGAGUGAAGAUUUAAGUGUCCUGGACAAGUUACAAAUACUGACUAGUUAUUUAAGAGAAGAACACCUGUAUUGUAUUUGGUGUGGAACAGCCUAUGAAGAUAAAGAAGACCUGUCUUCCAAUUGCCCAGGACCAACUUCUGCAGAUCAUGACUAAGAUUAUUCUCAAUAAAGUAAAAACGUGGACAAUGCUAUUGUUCCCACCCAAAGAUAGACACUUGAGCAGUUAGAAUUCCCAGAUUUUUGAUGUCAGUAAAGAAAAAGAGCCUUUGUAUGUUUUGUUCUUUUUGUACUUUGUACUUUAGAAUAUAAUUGUUCACUGAUGUAAAAAAAAAUGAUGGAAUUCUAUUUCAGAAUACAAGUAUUAUAGAGGUGGGCCAUUACAAUUUAUGACUCUAUUGUGAUGCUCAUGAUGUUUAAGGACACCAUAGGUAACUCCCUUAUCCCCCUCUUCACUUUGGAAGAAAUUGAGAAAUAAGACAUGGGAAUCAGAGAGAGAGAUCAAAAUAUCAGCUCUAUUGUCAAUGAAGCUGAAAUAGAGAGCAAAGCUGACUUGUUCUCCAGUCAGACUCCCUAAUAUGUCUCCCUGGUUGCAGAGAACUGCACACCUCUGCCCUGUAGGGGACACAGCUCAUCUUUGCUUUCUGAGACGAGUUAGCUUUCACGGUCAGAGAAUCCACCAGGGGCUGGGCGGUACAUGCUAGCUUCCUUCUCCCAACAUCACUCAUCAGAUAAGAAACUUCUCUGUUGAGCGGGAAUGAAUGAGGGUUCACAGAGCUUGUUCGCACACUUCUCAGAGCUCACUGCUUUAAAACAGACCAUUCCAUUGCUGUGUAGCUCUAAGUGAUUUUAAAGUUCUUUUUCUGUCUUAAGCUGAAAUCUGCUUCCAUGUAAUUUAACCAUUUGGUUAAAGACAUACUGUGGCACACUUCUAGGGAGCUCGAUCCAAGGCUGAGCAUCAAAAUCAUGAACUUUUUAAAAAAAGUUCACAAGCUCAGGUGCCUACCCUAAUGAUUUUGAUUCAGCUAAUCUAGGAUAUUUUCUGGAUAUCUAUUUAUUUUAAAUUUCUAGUAAGUCUGAUAAGCACCUGUGGAUGGGAACUAGUGCUGUAGGUAUAAUAUAGAGCAUUACUGUGCUUGGAAUAGGCUUACGACCUCACUGUACAGUUUUACAUCUCACCUUUCAGUAGCACUGAGCAAGAGAUCAACCUCUUCCUUUUAUUAGAAACAGCAUACAUGAGAACGUGGCAAUAGCUAACCUCCACUAGCACUAGUUAGCCUCUGACCUAAUAUGACCUAAUUCACUUGUUUUUUAGUUUAACUUGGGGAGUUUAAAAAAUGAUAAUACAAGGGUCCCACCCCUAGAGAUUCUGAUGUAAUUGGUCACUGUGGCCUUGAUUCUAAGAUGCAGCAGAACUUGCAAACCACUAACCUAGUUAACUUCUGGGCCUCAGUUCUUCAUCUAGAAAAUGAAUCAUUAUUUUUGUGACCAUAAAUAUAUAUAUAAAAUAUUGGGGCUUAUAUAGUUGGAUAAUACUGUUUAAUAUUGUUUCAUUUAAAAAAUAAUAAAAUGAUAUUAAUAGUGAAAACAAAGGAGAACAUCUUUCCCUUGGAACUACGGUCUGAUCGUUUCCUGUCAUUUCAGCCAACAUACCGACAUUCCUUCGGUCAGUUCCAAAGCCAUGUGGAUGGUUUCACAUGAAAUGGAGUCUGGAGUUGCCUUCCUUUUCUCCUCUUACUGACUCUGGAGACAACCCACCACGUUCCCAGUGGCCUACAAUAUUUUGAGUAUGUUUAUGAACAAUUAUGCUGAGAAUGGUAAUGACCUUGAUGGAGCCCAUGAUUCCCCCCGAGUUGUGGUCUGCAUUUCCAGGCCAACGGCUAGAACUACACCUACCUUGGAAAGUGGGAGACAUCCCUCCAUUCUUAUCCAUCAGUAGUUAAAAAUAAAGGCUUUCAAUAUGAGUAAAAAAAUUUUUAUUCACAUAGGCCUUUUCUGACUUCAUUACUAGACAAUAAUGAAAACCAAAAGAAGCAGAACAUUGAAUUUGUUUUAAUUUGCUUUAGAACAUUUAUGUGAAAUUUGAAACAUAAAUCUUAACAUGUUACAUCAUUUACUUUUGUUUAUAUUGUGUUAUGUUUAUUUUCAAAGUCCCACCUAGCAUUUCUAAAAUGUUUCAUUUUCCUUAUAAAUCCAAAAUACUGGAGCUUCAAAAAUUCAAAGACUUCAAUGUACCAAAUUGAUUCACCUUACAUACUUUGUCAUUUUCCAAACAUUUAAUUGUUGAAAUUUUAAAGUGAACAUUAUUUAGUACCAGGUACAUUUUGUAAGAUUGAGAAUAUGACAUCAAUACUUAUAUUCACUAUCAAUUCAGAAGUAUUCACAGAGCUCCUUCUGUAAGCAGGGCAGUGUACUCGCUACCUUGGGGUAUACAGAAAGGAGUGCCUGUCCCUGCUUUCCAGAUAGUCACAGUAUGAGGUUGACAGCCAUGUUGGAAUAACAGAGCUUCAAGGCAAACUGGAAAGCACAAUACUGAGGUAACCGAACAAUGCGAGUAUGAGGGAUAAGUUUCCUUCUAAGUGGGUGAUGGAGGAACACUGGAAGUAACACUGAAUUUGGGUUCCGGACAUAACUUUGAUAUGCAAAAUAAGGAGGAAGGAGUUACAACAUGACCCAUCAUUUUCCCUCUUAGGUAUAUACCCAGGAGAAAUGGAAACAUGUCCACAUAAAACCUGUAUACGAAUAUUCAUAGCAGCAUUGUUCAUAAUAGCAGGAAAGAGGAAACAACCCAAAUGUCCAUCAACUAAUGAUUAAAUAAAGUCUCAUGUAGCCAUAUAAUUGAAAAUUAUUUGGCAACGAAAGGAAUGGAGUACUGGUCCAUGCUACAACAUGGGUGAACCUUAGAAACGUUACACCAAGUGAAAAAGACCACAUGUUGUACGAUUCCAUUUAAAUGAAAUGUCCAGAACAGGCAGAUCUAUAGGGAUAUAAAAUAGGUGAGCAAUUGCCGAGAAUUGGUGGAAGAUGAGGAAUGACCGCUAAUGGGCUUGGGGCAUCUUUUUGAGGUGACAAAAAUGUUUUUAAAUUGAUCGUGGUGAUGGUUGCACAACAC